GGACGCCAGAAACCUCCGCAUGAGAAACGGGGCACUGGGGAUAACAAUGCCGGGGUAUUCUCCAGACCCCGCUCAUUCGCGGAGUUCAGCACACAUCUCAUGGACCAAUCGUCCGGGGCUGCCCAGGCAAAAUGGCAAAUCUGGUUUUGUCGGGGUCCGUCAAAUUUACCCGGCAGACUUCAAGAUGGCUGCCCUAUAUAUGGCUCCCAAGUCCAUCGCCGUCUUUUCCUGGCUGGCUCAAUAUUCACUACUGUGGGCAUCUGGACUGUCCCUGAUACUGGCUCCUCUUACUCUGUUUCUGGCUACAAUCCUGAACCAUGGCUUACGGCAAGCCCUACUUUGGCUUAAAGGGAGGGUGGCUGACCUUCUGGGUUACGGUUGCGUGUGCAACUGACAUGAUGCUGUUUGGAUAUGACCAGGGUGUCUUCGCCGGGGUAAUCGUCACGAGCGACUUUCUAAACGUUCUCAAUCUCCAUGGCAAAACAACGCUCGUCGGAACGAUCACGGCCAUCUAUGAUGCAGGUUGUCUGAUUGGUGCCAUGGCCGCUAUCUACUUUGGAGACAUACUAGGGCGAAAGAAGACCAUCCUGUGCGGGACCACUAUCAUGACUGUCGGCGCCAUUCUCCAGGCCUCAGCCUACAGUGUUCCUCAGAUGUUUGUGGGGCGGAUUAUUGCUGGGCUCGGCAAUGGGAUGAACACCGCCACCGCUCCUGUGUGGCAGGGAGAGACAUCACAAAUCAAGUGGAGAGGAAAGUUGGUGAUCAUCGAACUGGUCCUCAACGUUGGGGGCUACUCGCUCGCCAACUGGAUGACUUUCGCCUUUUCUUUUGUCCCGGGACCAGCUGCCUGGCGCUUUCCCCUCGCUUUCCAGAUCGUCUUUAUUCUCAUUCUAUUUGCCACCGUUCCCUGGUUGCCAGAAUCACCACGGUGGCUCAUCUGCCGUGACCAGCCAGAAGAGGCCCAGCAGAUCAUUGCGGACCUCGAAGGCAAGGACCUCAACGACUCGCAUGUCAUCGCAGCCUACACCGAAAUUAUGGCGACCAUCCAGUAUGAGCGAGAGCACAGUGUCUCGUGGGGCCAGUUGCUCCGAGGCAAAACCGGGGGUGAGGAAGGCACGGGCAGCAUUCGCCGUCUUCUUCUGGGGGCUGGUGCCCAGGCGAUGCAGCAGCUGGCAGGAAUCAACGUUACAUCAUACUAUCUUCCCACGGUUCUAAUGGAAUCGGUCGGGUUGUCAGAACGACUGGCUCGGCUGCUUGCUGCGUGCAACUCGGUGUCUUAUCUUGUGGCCAGUAGUGUGACGAUUCCCACCAUUGAGCGCUGGGGUCGACGUCGAAUCCUGAUGGGGUGUGCCUUAGGACAAGGCGUCUGCUAUCUGCUGAUAACCGUUUUCUUACGGUUCAGCGAACAGGGUGGACAUACCAACCAAUAUGUCUAUGGUUCCGCCGCCGUCGCUUUCUUCUUUGUGUACUAUGUCUUCUUUGGCGUGAGCUUUCAGGGCAUUGGGUGGCUGCUUCCGGUUGAGCUAAACUCGUUGAGCUUGCGGACCAAGGGCGUAGCGUUGGGCACGGCCACCAAUUGGGCGAUGAAUUUCAUGGUGGUAGAGAUCACCCCAGUCGGGAUUCAGAAUCUUGGGUGGAAGUUCUACAUCAUCUGGACUGUCUUUAACUUUGCCUUUGUGCCCACGGUUUACUUCUUCUACCCCGAGACAGCGAAUCGCUCUCUGGAGGAUAUUGAUCGCUUCUUCCACGAGCACUACAAUGUGUUUGUGAAUGGGAUCGCGGAGGCCACCAGCAUCGAGCGUCCGAUGCGCUACAUUGAGAUGGAGAACGAGCUGGUCAAACGGAGCGCCAUCAUUGCGGAUGCCAAGGGGGCAGGCCAUGAUGGAGACGCCGAGCACAAGGAGACUGUCUAGUGACAGGCCUCUGCGUCUCGCAUGGAACCUUUGUCAGCACGUCGAGCGGCUAGUAUCCUGAUUAAAACGGUAGUCUUCAUGCUGCUUGACUCCUCGAACACUAUACGGAGUAUUGUACUGGAGAAACAUGGGGAACCCAAAUAAGCCUAUGCUGCUCCAGACAUCUUCCAGAUAUCGAAUACACCAAUGGCGCUACAACAACCUGAAAGAUCCUUUGUAUGACAUAAUCAUCGGAAGUCGCCAUACUCCCAUCAGAUAGAACAGGCGAGUAAUCGGACAUUACCAGUUGAUAUCGGAG